GGGCGGAGAGAGCAAAAGCUAGCUGUUUCACAUGGUUAAGCAGAAUGUGUGGGUUGGCCUGCCAGCCCGCGGAGGUGGAAUCUGCCCUUUGCUUUCUUGGCAAGUGCAUGUGGCUUUGAAGGCCCUGAUUAGGACUUUAGUUCUUGGCCUUUUCUUGCUGUCAUAUAAAACAUAGUCCAUUGUCCCCUGUGGUUCCAGAGAGUUGGAGGGCCUUGUCGGUCCACGUCUCUUAUUAUCUUCGAUGAGGUGCAUGCUUCAGCCCUCAGUUAAAAGCCACUCCGUCAUCAGUCAGAUUUUAGAAAAUAUAACACUGGAAUAGAAAUAUAAAGCUGGCUGUGAGUCCUUCGUGUUCAGUAUGCAGUAUUCAGAAAAAACUGCUGGGUUUUGCCCUUGCAUCUCCCAGCACCUUAAAUGUAUGAUGCCUUAGUUGAUUGAGGUAGAGAAGAGGUGCUUCAGAGCAGCACCUGAAGGCUUCUCAUUGGAGUUCACCUGAUUGGCAAACCCCUGGAGCUUCCUAGAGUGCUGCGGGCCAUGGCUUGAAUGAACUCUGUGGACUUUCUCCCUUGCUAAGAGGAGAGGCUGGAGUGAUAGCCAUCAUUAAUCUGAAAUUUUUCCAAGGGACUGGGGUGCACGUCAAAAAGAGGCACGACAGGAUGAACAUGUUCCCGUUUCAGCUUUAACUUUGGCUCUUGCAGGUUUUGAGGCGAAAAUUAGCUUGUGGCCCGCAGAGAGAUGGAGGGGUAUAUGCUGGCCGAGUUUGUAUCACAUUAUCUGAGAACCGAUGAGGUAGAGAGAGAGUGGAACAAGGAGACACUUCCUACUUUCUCUUCUCUCUGAAGGUAGAGGAGUGCUGGGAGGAGAGGAGUCCAGGAAGCUGGACCUUAGGAAGCAGCUCUGCAGAGGUGAAGUUAAGUUCUACGUCCUUAGGGCUCAACCCCCUUUAUUGCUGAGUAUUUGGUAAUGUCAUCAUGUAAGUAGAAUUGGUAUAAAUGGCUACCAGUUAUUGAGUACUAACUUGUGCUAGGGACGGCGCUUAGUAGGUUGGACUUACCACUUAUUCAGUCAUGAGUUAGUACAUUUCACGUACACAGGCUAGUGCCUUGUACAGAAGUGCUCAGUAAAUAACAGUGAUUAUUAUUCACUCAACACAUAUUUACCUGACACUUGCUUAUGUGACAUAGCUUAGGUGCACAAAGAGGUGAAUAAGAUAAAAUCCCGGCUCCUGUGGCACUUUCCUUCCAGUAGUGGGAGCAGACAAUAAGUAGGUUAACAAGAAUUUCAGAGGGUGAAAUGUGCUGAGAAGAAAUGAAAUAGUGUGCUGGACCCGAGUGAGAUGGUACUUGGUCGGCCAGGGAGCACCUCUCAGCAUUCUAACAGAGACCCAUCUGAUGGGAAGGAGCCAUUUAUGCUUCACUGUGACCCUUUGAUUUUCCCAGUUUUCUGGUUGGAAAACUGAGGCACAUGUGAUUAAGUAUCGCUGGAGAGCAGAUAGAGCCGAGCUGUACACACGCACUCAUCUGCAUGCAGAGCGCGUCCUGCCCUUCUCGGAAGGGAUGAGGCUCUACUGGGGCAGCUGCAGUAGCUGCAAUGGCUGCAGCUGGGUUAUGAGUGAAGGAAAUGAACGUGGUUGCAGUGUAGGUAAAACCCGGAUACAUUUCAGAAGAGUUAACAUGUAAUUUCAUAGACCCCAAUCAUUGGAUGCAGAAUUUGAGUGUAUGAGUGAGUGCAUGUAAGUACAGUUUAUUCUGGGUCCAAAGCUAUCCUUAGAUUUUCAAGGAUACCGAUGACCAAAAGUGAUUAUGGUGCUGCUGCUUAAUUUUUAGAAUUUCUCGUAAUCGGUUUUAUGAAAAUAGGGCCUAGCUGUUAGGGCUGUUAGGGCAGAAUUGGAUAGCACUGCAAUGGCCAUUUGGUGGCAGCAAUUUUGGGAGGUCAGUAUGGGCAGGAAGUGAGUAGGAAUGGGGCUGGAAUCAUCAGAUGUCGGUCUUUGCCAAGCCCCUAGGACCCUGUUGCCAGCCAUCAGGCAUAGAGCUCUAUUUUGAUUUAAUUAUCUGCUUAUCUUUAUAUGUGUUAAUGAACCCUUUGGCCUCGUGCCAUAUGAGUGCCCGUUUGUGAAAUAAGUAACUGUUUGAAAUAAAAAAAAGCCCAAACCUUGAGGCCUCAAGUUUCAACCUGCAGGGUAUGCAUUUCCAAUAAAGGCACACAAACACGAGCAUUUCCUGUUACAGUUUUUAAAACCUGAAUACUUUCUAAAUAGGCUCUUCAGUGCUUGAAACCAGAGAGAAAUUGUUUCAGCAGUAGUAAUUGAAACCGAGAGGGUAGCCAAAUUCUGGUCAGAUCUGGCCUUUCAGUUUCAUAGGAUGUGGUUUAGAUCAAAUACCUGUUUCAGCUGGAAGAUUGAUCAUGUUGUUAUUGCACAGAGAAAGACUUCCAGGAGCUCUUGCUUUACAGCUUUUCACGUGAUGUCUGAGUGCUGGGAGGAGGUUCCUCCUUGGGAACAUGACGAUGACAGAACACGCGAACACGACAGAAUAAAGCAGCUGUUGGCUGGCUCCUCUGGCUGAUGGCAUGUUGAGGCACAUGGGCCAGUGGCAGCAAGGGCAUCUGAUCCAGAGGGGGCCACUCUAGAGGCCAGGCCACCAGCACCAUGGGCCAGUGUGUCACCAAGUGCAAGAAUCCCUCAUCAACCCUGGGCAGCAAGAACGGAGACCGUGACCCCGGCAGCAAGUCACACAGCAGGCGGAGUGCGGGCCACCGCGAGGAACAGCCACCAGCCUGUGGCAAGCCAGGUGGGGAUAUCCUUGUCAAUGGGACCAAGAAGGCAGAGGCUGCCACCGAGCCCUGCCAGCUGCCAACAUCCUCUGGAGAUGCUGGGAGGGAGCCCAAGUCCAAUGCCGAGGAGUCUUCCCUGCAGAGGCUGGAAGAACUGUUCAGGCGCUACAAGGACGAGCGGGAGGAUGCAAUUUUGGAGGAAGGCAUGGAGCGCUUUUGCAAUGACUUAUGUGUUGACCCCACGGAAUUUCGAGUGCUGCUCUUGGCUUGGAAGUUCCAGGCUGCUACCAUGUGCAAAUUCACCAGGAAGGAGUUUUUUGAUGGCUGCAAAGCAAUAAGUGCAGACAGCAUUGAUGGGAUCUGUGCACGGUUCCCUAGCCUCUUAACGGAAGCCAAACAAGAGGAUAAAUUCAAGGAUCUCUACCGGUUUACAUUUCAGUUUGGUCUGGACUCUGAAGAAGGGCAGCGGUCACUGCAUCGGGAAAUAGCCAUUGCCCUGUGGAAACUAGUCUUUACCCAGAACAAUCCUCCAGUAUUGGACCAGUGGCUAAACUUCCUAACUGAGAACCCCUCGGGGAUCAAGGGCAUCUCCCGGGACACUUGGAACAUGUUCCUUAACUUCACUCAGGUGAUUGGUCCUGACCUCAGCAACUACAGUGAAGACGAGGCCUGGCCAAGUCUCUUCGAUACCUUUGUGGAGUGGGAAAUGGAGCGAAGAAAAAGAGAAGGGGAAGGGAGAGGUGCACUCAGCUCAGGGCCCGAGGGCUUGUGUCCUGGGGAGCAGACUUAGUGGCUCUGUCCCAGGAGCAGCAGCAGCAGCAAGGAUCUGCCUGCUGCCCUGCAGCCAACCGAGGAAUUGGACCUUUCUGGAAAUUACUGAAGAUCCAGAUAUUUUCUACUUUACACCUUUCUCUGCCUUGUAUCUGAAAGGGCUCUAAAAUGCUGUAUCAUGUUUUAGGCACUUUCUUCAGUUUUUGGUUAUUUUGGUUAUUUCUUUUUUGGGGGGUCCCCCAAAAUAUUUGAACCUGGCUACAUGUUGUGUGUUUUUUUUUUUUUUUGAAGCCUUCAGAUAGAAUAAGCCUGCCAUUUCUUGCACAAAUUAGAUUUUUUUUGGGGGGGGAGGGUAUAGAGCAGGGAGGGGGGAAUGGGACGGUUAGGUUGAAUUAACAUUACAAGAUGAUACAGUGCCAGAUCUCAGUUUUGCAUAUUCUUUUUCAGGGCAGGUCUGUACUGUGUGUAGUGCUGUUUACAUGGUUGAAUUUAGGUUGUAAUAAUUAUUUUAAAAGAUUUACACAGAAUUGAAUAGCAGUGUUAACUGUUAACCAUAUUGCAUUAAUUCCCAGGCGAUUUAAAGCUCUUGGAGAGCCAGGGCCAGCCAAGAGCAUUUGUAGUCUGGUGACAACCCCCUUUUAAGCUAAUUUAUCCAAAACCCUUAUUUUCUUCACUUCUUGCUCAUUCCUUCUUUGACCUAUUGCAUUUCAUGUUGAGUUUACCCAUCAACAUGCUGCACCUGUCAGUCAAGUGAGCAGUUUUUUUUUUUAGAACACAUAGUACUGAGAACCACUUAAGCAUUGAAUGCAGAGAAAGCAGUGCUACCUCAGUUUUGCUGGAAGUAGAUUUUGAUAGUUUUCUUUUUUUGAUGAAUUUUCUGUAUUUUCAUGUUGUAAGUGAAAAUACUUUUUUUUUUUUUCCCCAUUUGCCUUGGAGCCAAAGUUUCUGUUCCUGGUGGUCGGAAAACUGUGCCUGCCGGCCAGCUGACUUGAAGGAAAACUGUGGUAUGGAGCUCUGCUUGAAUUUUUUUUUUUUUUAAGUUUUUUCUUUAAGUAUCAUCAGCUUACUUGUCUGGCAAGUGCAGAAGCCUGGGACUGGCCUGAACUCUGCCAAACAAAUACAGAAGUGUAUUUAAUAGUUAAACGUGUGCCCUUUCCCUUCUUGCUGCACCCAUGUUGUCACUUAACCCCCAGGAGUUAUUUAUUAUCUUCUUUGUUAAUGUCAGGCUCAUUUGGGGUAAUGUGAUGACUGUUUAGGUUUACAUGACCCUCCUCUCCUUCCCCUACCCCUAAAUAUGUAUAUAUACAUAUAUAAGAUAUGUAUAUAUUUUACCUAUAUAAAAUAUAUAUAUACACAUAUAUGUAUCUAUAUUCCUUUGUUUCUUAGCCUGCUAAAACUGGCCAUAAAAGAGGGAGCUGCCUUCAAUAUAUAAAGCAUAAGAAGAGUGCCAGGGAACGUCAUAAAUGGAGGCUUUUGAAUCUGAAUUUGGACCAUCUUCACUAAAGAGAGGAUGAAUUUUCUCAGCCCUUUCCUCACAAGAGGGAGGCCCAGUUCCCCAGACUCCUCCGCGUGCUUGCUCCGUAAGGCCAGCUUUGGCCAAACUGCCACACAGGAGCUGACUCUGGUCCUACCUGGUUUCAGUAGAGGGUCCUCUUGUUAUUUUUCCAUUUAAAAGAACAUGUCCUCAAAAACUGUACUGGAAGGGUGGGUGGCAGGAACUUGUACAGUUCAGCUCCCAACACUUUGGAACAGAUUGAAAAGGGAAUCUUUUAAAUAAAAACUUAUAAAAUAUUUAUACUCUUGAGGUAAUGAGAGUUUGUCUUUUAAACAUUGGAGUUUUCUUCCCUAACUACUUCCAUCUGCCUCCCAGGUAUAUGUUUCUCAGCCUGGGCAGGAAUUGCUUAUUUUGAGUUCCUUUAUUAGGAGCCUUAUGGCUCCAGGCUCCCAUCUUUCCAAAGAUGAUUACUUAAGGAAACAUACUUGGAGUUUGAUUUUUUUUUUUUUUUUAAAGAUCCUAAACCUGGCAGUUGCCCCUUCUAGAGGGGCAGAAGGGAAACUUUAAAAUCAGCCACAGCAUGUUAGCAUACUGCUGGAAAGCUGAAGAGAGUCUCAGGCCAGAUAUCUGGCUUUGUUAUAGCCUAAGACACAAGUUCCUUGUAUAAAGAGAGUUUCUAAGGGCCCCAGCAGGUUCUGUGGGCUCAAAUGUAGUCAGGGUGCCCAGACUGAGGUCUUAAAGAUACUGCCUUCUCAUCUAGCCAGUCUUGCAACCCCGUUUUUCCUGAUUCUAGAAUGGGUAGAGGUUGAAAAAGGGAAGAGGAAGGCUGCUCCUAGCCAGGUAAGGCUCUCUUCUGUCUUAGAUUGCAAGGGUAUAUGGAGAGAAGUGCACAAAAGAGGGAGGCACCGAGGAUCGUGAGGACUCUGGAGGAACUGGAUUCCUUCCCCAGCCUACAAGAUGGCAUUCCACGCAUUAGGUGUGCUAGAGUGGGUGGAUUUUGUUAACUGUUCAGCCUCCCCACCCCCCACAAAAAGAGCCAUUAAAUUAUUUUUGGUUAUAUUUUUAACGAUCUAUUUGUUACAGAAAUGCAAUUGAGAAACCAGAAAAGGGAGCAGUUAGGGAAGGACUUACAGGUUCCAUCCAGGUUGCCGUUCCUGAUGCCAGGAAUUCCAAGCUUCUGCAGCGGCUCUGGGUCAGUGUUUGACUUGACGACAGGAAAAGCAGUUAUUUUGCAAAGGGAUCGAAGGUGGGGGUCACACUAUUGGGAAAUGAGAGGUCCCUGUUCCUUUUAACCUAGAAAUAGGCUUGCUGUCUAAUGAGUGAGCAGUAAUUGUGUGGAAGAGGCCAAACACAUGCCCCUCAGGUAAGCCAGUGCGCUCUUCCCUUUAACAAUGUAACAUCAGGGUGGUGUGAAGCGGGGCAGGAUGUGGAUGCCAUUUUGAAAAUAGGCAAAUAUCUGAGGGUGACUAUAAGAAAUUGAAUAUGUAUUGGGAAAUUCUUGGUUUUUGGCAAAUGGCUUUGAGUUUGUGGUGUUCUCUAGGGAUUAGAAAGCUGUAUGAGAUGAAGUAUUACUUCAUUGAAAUGCUCUUCCCCUAUCCCUGCCAUAUUUGAAUGUAUCAUUAACCCCACCUCCUGUAAUGACACUUUGCUAUGCUUCAGCUGGAUGCCUCAAGUUUUUCCUCAUCUGUGCCAGUUGUGCCCACAUGUGUAAGUUGGGUCCAAGACCCCCUUUAUCUACUCUUCUGAUAAGAAAAAUCAGAGCUGGGUAAAGAUCCAAAUUUCACCUAAGCCUAGAGGCCCAAAGAAAUCCAACUGGAAAUGUACAAGGCAGCAUUUUCAAUAUUAAACUUCCCUAAGGAAGGCACAAGCUAGUCUUGGAAAGGAAGAAGGGAUUAAGCCACAGAGUAUGUAGUCGAUCUUUGAUACAGUUCUGAUCUCCCAGAGGCUGGUGCCAAAAUUCAGUCCUCAGUGCUGGAGUCUGCAGGGUGUGGAACUCCAUGGUUCAUGUGAUGGCUUCAAAUGCUAUACUAUGCCAAACUGCAUUAAAAAACAGUGGGAAAUUACUGGGAGAAGGACUUGGGUCUAAAAGUUUAAAACCCAAAACAUUUGUAUUUAGGACUGGUUUGCCACAUUUAAAGAGAAGUCCUGAGUGUAGUGAAGCCCAGUAGACCCAAUUAUACAAUUACAAGGGCUGGAAAGAAGCUGCUGCUAGGUUUUUGUUUUAGCUGCCUGCUUUGCCUUUGCCGUUUUUCUUGUGUCUCUUAAUGUUUGCUUAAUGAUGACUUGAGCAUCUUGGUAACUGACAAAGGUCUUCCCCUGGGGGGACUUGAAAAAUCUUGGUAACUGACAAAGGUCUUCCUUUGCAGGGACUCUAGCAGUGACUUGUUUAAAAAGCCAAAAGACUAUUAAAAGAUAUUAAAGUGUGUUAAUUGGGACUCAUUUGAGGACAUAUCUCAUUGAUCCUCCUCCUACUCCAUAAUCUGUUUCCUGAAUCUUGGAGGGGUUCCCACCCACCCCCUUUCAGAGUUUCUUUGGUUAGCUGUAAUUAUAGCAUAUAUCCAGUUUAACCUGGACUGGGGGCCGUGUUUUAGUGAGGAUUUGCAGGUGUUUUUCCUUAUUGAGAGUUAUGCUUGAGCACUGGUUGCAAAAGCCAACAUGAUUCAAAUAGCCUUGAGUAACCAUCAGGUUCUGCUUCUGAUUCAGGUGCUGGGGCCUCACAUCCUCCCUAUUCCUCUUGGAAACUAAGCGUGCUUUCAUAGACACCUUUUUCCACCACCCAACUUCCUUCUUACUACUUACUACAACAUACUCUUGGAUAUUGCCAAAGGAAGCCAUUCAGCAGAUGCUGUGUCUCUCCCCCCCCCCCAUUUAUUCUGGGAGAAGUAUCUUCCUUCUGACUCUGGUCCCCAGCCCUGAGUCUGUAAUUAAUUGCUCUUACCUAUUGCACUAAUGAAUAUGAUUCUAGGUUUCAAACAGGGAACUUGAAACAAUAGGCAAAUGGGGGCUUGGAUGAUUGGUACUACAGAUACCCUGCCUUAACCCACUGAGGUGAUGAGUCCACUACUCAUGUGACCCUCCACCUUUGUGGAUUCCUCUUGGUUUGUGACCAGUGUGUCUGUUCCUUGAGGUUGUACAAACUUGUUGAUAAAGGUCAAUACUUUUGUUUGUAUUCUCUGCACUGUUGCACUCUCCAAAUGGCCCCUUGAAUAUUUUUAUUAACUUGUUACACACACUUUUGUCUUUGUCUACAUUUUUCUUUUGAUGUUUUUUUAUUUGGAAGGUUACCUGCUGUUGGAUUUAAUAAAUUUGUUUACUUGA